GCGGCGCCCCUUCCCCGCCCGCCGCCGCCUGCCCGGCCGGCGGGAAGCGCUGAGGCCAGCGCCGCCGCGCCACAGCCCGUCCCCGGCGGGGGCACCGAGCCAUGGGGCUCUGCUACAGCCUGCGCCCGCGGCUCUUCGGCGACGCCGGCGGCGGCGGCUCCAUCUCCAGCGCCGGCGCCGCCUCGGAGCCCGAAGCGCCGGCGGAGCUUUACGCCGCCCCGCAGCCGCAGCCUCUCGGCGCCCCGCUCCGGCCCGGCGGUAAGCCCGGCGGGGAGACGGACGGGCCGCCGCUGCUGCUGCUGCAGAACGGCGGCGGCGGCAAUGGGGCGGCCCCCGAGCGGCAGCCGGCGCUGCCCAAGGCCGGCGGCCCCGGCCUUGGCGGCGGGGGGAAGGCGGCGCGGCAGCAGGCGCUGCACCAGCCGCCGGCGCUCCAGAGGACCUGGGAGAAGCUGCGCCUGGAGGAGCGGGAGGCGGAGAAGGAGGCGAGGAAAGUCAGUAAGAGCAUCGACCGGGCGCUCAAGGAGCAGAAGCGGGAGUACAAGCAGACGCACCGCCUGCUGCUGCUCGGGGCUGGUGAGUCAGGAAAAAGCACUAUUGUGAAACAAAUGCGAAUCCUACAUGUCAAUGGAUUUAAUUCAGAAGAAAAGAAACAGAAAAUACUGGAUAUUCGGAAAAACGUUAAAGAUGCGAUUGUGACUAUAGUUUCAGCUAUGAGCACUUUAAUACCCCCAGUUCCAUUGGCCAACCCAGAAAACCAAUUUCGAAUGGACUACAUCAAGAGUAUAGCUCCCCUUUCUGACUUUGACUAUACGCAGGAGUUCUUUGAACAUGCAAAAAAGCUCUGGGAUGACGAAGGUGUAAAGGCGUGCUUUGAGAGGUCAAACGAAUAUCAACUGAUUGACUGUGCACAGUACUUUUUAGAAAGAAUUGACAGCGUCAGCAUGGAUGACUAUACACCUACAGAUCAGGACCUAUUAAGAUGCAGAGUGUUGACAUCAGGGAUUUUUGAAACAAGAUUUCAAGUAGAUAAAGUAAAUUUCCACAUGUUUGAUGUAGGUGGCCAGAGAGAUGAGAGAAGAAAAUGGAUCCAAUGCUUUAAUGAUGUCACAGCUAUCAUCUUCGUUGUGGCUUGCAGCAGCUACAACAUGGUAAUAAGGGAAGACAAUAACACAAACAGACUACGGGAAUCCCUGGACCUUUUCAAAAGUAUCUGGAAUAAUAGGUGGUUACGGACCAUUUCUAUCAUUUUAUUCUUGAAUAAACAGGACAUGCUGGCUGAAAAAGUCUUAGCAGGGAAAUCAAAAAUUGAGGAUUACUUUCCUGAAUACGCGCAUUAUACUGUACCUGAGGAUGCAACACCAGAUGCAGGAGAAGACCCCAAAGUCACAAGAGCCAAGUUCUUCAUCCGGGAUGAGUUUUUAAGGAUAAGUACGGCGAGCGGAGACGGGCGGCAUUACUGCUACCCACACUUCACAUGUGCCGUGGACACAGAGAACAUCCGCAGAGUGUUCAACGACUGUCGAGACAUCAUCCAGAGGAUGCACCUCCGCCAGUACGAACUCUUGUGAGGGGGAUCACCGUGGAACCUGUGGUUUUAAAUUCUUUGCUCCUUACUCUUUCUCUUGAUGCUACCCCACACAGGGUGGAAGAAUAUACUAUAGAAAUGUCA